GAACAUAUUUGAAAUGUGACAUUUUACGCGCGAAAAUAAACGUUUAUCUUGAUACUUAAUCUCGACUAGAUCGUUUCGUGUUCACGCAUUUUCGGUUUCCCGCGUUUAAAGUACCUUCCCGCGUCAAUUUUCAUCAGAUUGUAAUCGUUGCGCGUGUAUAAACGUAUCUUCUCCGCUUAUUUACACACAGGCUGAAGUAUUUAUAGCUUAACUCGAAGUAGUAACAUUAAUAAGAGUGAUAUCGAAAGUGCAUGCGAGCAUAAUUCUUAAACUAUUAAAUUUUAAACCGAACUCGUCGUGGCAUUAACCUAAGGCAUCAACAUAAUGCAAAAAUAUUAAGAAUUCAUAUUCUAAACAACGAACACACACACAAGUGUUCUGCGAGAAGGAUCAAAUUUUUAUAUAUCAAGAUUUUUAUUUACGCGAAAAUCUCAUUGAAAUGAAAAGUGUCCAGACAACAAUUUCGUUUAAUGUACGAAAAAAAUGUUCGUUUUAUGGGACCAAAAAUGACGUUGCGAAACAAGAUUUUAGUAAUGCGACUGCUAGAGAAACUUCGUAUAAAUACACGCCGACAGUGAAAAAGGUGAUUACCUUCAGUAGCAGUGAAUCUGAUUCGGAUUCAGAUGUGGAGAAUUUGUUGGUGGAAAAUAACGUGAAAGUCAUUGAUAAAUGCACAGCCGUCAGAACUCCUCGACGGGUCCGAAAAUCCGGUGAAUCUGACAAUCAUGGCUCCACACCACCGAAACAAAAAAGGAUAGGGGAGACAGAGCAAAUUACAUCUCCCUCGACACCCUCUACUCUUCUAGAUAAAUUGCAUUUAAUAUCUUCGCCAGAGAAAGAGGAGAAGCUAAUUCCUAAAAAAUUAUUUGGCUCAGAAAAGUAUCGUAAUGCUCGCAAAGCUUUACAUAGCUCAGUACCUGAAAUAUUACCUGGUAGAGAAUCUCAAUUGACUCAGUUACAAGAUUUUAUGGUGGAGCAUUUAAAAACUGAAAAGUCUGCUUCCUUGUAUAUAUCAGGGCCUCCAGGAACAGGAAAGACAGCAUGUCUAUCGAAGCUUAUGAUGAGGCCUGAUUUCAAAACAAAGUUUAAAGUAGUUUAUGUGAAUUGUACAACCAUGAAGUCUGCUGCUACAAUUUAUGGGAAGAUUGUACAGGAGUUAGGUUUGUCUGCUCCAAAGUCUGGGAAAAACUGUAAAAUUCUUAUUGAAAAAUAUUUAGUUUCCAAGCAUAAAAUGUUGCUGUUGAUAUUGGAUGAAUUGGAUCAGCUGGAGUCCAAAAAUCAAUCCGUUUUGUAUUCAAUUUUCGAAUGGCCAUUAGUACAGAAUUCGAAGUUACUUCUUGUUGGCAUUGCUAAUGCUCUGGAUUUGACGGAUAGAAUAUUGCCCAGAUUACAGGCUAGGUGUGAGCUAAAGCCAAAGUUAAUGCAUUUUCCACCAUACACCAAACAACAAAUAUGUAACAUAAUAACCGAAAGAUUGAACGAAGCCAAAGUAUCGGAUCUCUUCACUGAUACUGCAGUGCAAAUGUUAGCUGGAAAGGUUGCUGCAGUUUCUGGAGAUAUUAGGAAAGCUUUAGAUAUAAGUAGACGAGUGAUAGAGAUUGCAGAAUCUCAUAAAUUAGUACAAGUUUUACAACCCUCGAACAACAAUGAAAUAAAUACAGGGAGUCCUAAAAAACAGCAAUCUUCGGCAGAUAAGCUAGUUGACUUGAGGGAAGUUGUUGCAGUCUUAAAUGGAGUUUAUGGUGGAUCUCAGAACCUUGAAAAGGAAGAAAGUACGUUCCCUUUGCAACAAAAGUUACUAUUAUGUUCUCUUCUGCUAAUUUUAAAUAAAGGACGGAAUAAGGAUGUAACUGUGGGAAGAUUGCACGAAGUAUACAAAAAGGUCUGCAAGAAACGAAAUAUUCACGCUGUCGACGGUUCUGAGUUUGUAAGCUUAUGUUCGUUGAUAGAAACAAGAGGUAUAUUAAAGUUGGUGAUCAAAAAGGAGCCGCGUUUAUCGAAAGUUAAUUUGGAAUGGGAUCAAGAAGAAUUAGAUGCAGCUCUGCAAAACAGAGAUAUGAUGGCAGAAAUCAUUAACGAUGUCUCUUGUUUAUAAAUAUGUUUAUAUAAAAUUCAUGUAAUUUGUUAGGCUGACUACUGUUAAUAUUACUUAGCUUUAUAAAGCGUCGUCAAAGGCGCAAUAUAGUUUUUUAGCCAAGCGAAACAUCAAUUUUCAUAACAAUCUACAUAUAAAAAGAAUUUAUUAUUUAGCACUAUUUAAAGUUACUGGCACUAUAUAUGAUUUUAUAGUUUUCUUAAUUUUAUCUAUUUUAUUUUUAAUUGUAUCUAUUUCUUUUUAUACAUCUGCAUCCGUCUUACGUAAAAAGUAUAUAUAUAUGUUACUGAAAAUAGGAAUGUAUAGAACAGAUGAUCAAUUUCUGAAAAUUAAAACGCGCUAUUUCUGACGAGUGGCGUAUUCUGUGGCGAAAUCUCGAAGCUCUGUUCAGGGGGGUCCGUACAGCGUCAAUUAGUACAUGGCAAAACGCUGAAACUGCUAGCUAAACGGUGGUGCCUCUUGUGACGAAAUCUCGCAAUUCUGUCCUAGCUAAGAUACUAACUUUAAACGGCAUAAAAUGUUUGUACAUAAUUUUGUCUACCAGUUUCAACGUUUUGUCGUUGGACUAAUUGGCACUGCAUACGGACUCCUGAAUGGAGCUACGAGAUUUCGCCAGAAGAGGCGCUACUAUUCGACUUUAGAGUUACAGCGUUUUGCCAUUUACUAAUUGGCGCUAUACGGACCCCUGUACAGAACUUUGAGAUUUCGCUGCAAGAAGCGUUACUCGUACGAAAUGGCGCUAGUUUUAAUUUUUAGGAGUUUAUCAUCUGUUCCGUAUAAUUUACAAUAAUAAAUAAUUAUUUUUUACAUGA